AUUGCGGGAAGAUGGAAAACCACAUCAGACGUCAGUAAUCAUCAGCGAUGAUCGGAGAAGUUUAACUGUUCAGAAGCUGACUAGAUUCUAGUGUAACGAAAAGAAAUACAAAGAAAUAUUGAGCGGAUUUGCUUCACAUCUUACAAUGGAAGAUAAUGAAAUUAAAGAGUUAAAAACAACCCUCAAAAGAUGGGAGAUCAAAUUCUAUAAAGAGAAUGGCCGUAAACCACAAAGGGAUGAGAUCAAAGCAGCACCUCAGGAGAUUCAAGAUGCCUACAUACACUACAAUAAAUUAAAGAGAGUGUUAAGCGAAUCACAGAACAUUGAAACACUAAGAAAAAUUGAAGAGGUAGACAGCAAAAAUGAAGAAAUGAAGGACAAUUUGGAUGAAUUUAGGGAAACCUCCAAGGGUGGAGUAUGGGGUACAGAGUUCAACAGGGAUAAGCAAGGCCUAAAAACAAAUACUGACCACUCCCUGCAAUCGCAAGCUGAUGAAAGGGAACCAGAUGCUUCUAAUUUUAUGCACAAGUUAAGUUCCAAGAUGUUUGAAAUGGCUAAAAGAGACAAAACCGUCACAAAGAAAAAUAUGGCCAAAUUUAAGCCAGCUACAAACAAACCAGUUGAAGAUAUUCCAGAGGAUUCUUUUACUGUGAAGGGAAGUAUUUUUAAUAACCUAAAAAUAAAAAAUACAACUAUCAAAAGGACAGAGUUGAAUGAGCAGAGAGAUGUUGAUGUUACAAAGAAGUACAGCAUGAAAACUAAGCAGAGGUUUUCCAUUUCUGUAAAUGGAAAGUCAGAGGCGAGAGAAGAAAGUGAAGGUCAUGAUUCAUCCUUGAUGACACCUCAACAAAGAGAAAAAAGGUUAGUAAAAAGUGUUGAUGAUUUUGAUGAAGUGGAUGGACUAAGUUGUUCAGUGUUUGAUUCAGAGAUUACUAAGACCUUAGUAUCAAAGAACAAGGAAAGAGAAAAUGAAAACUCAUUUCUUGGCAACUAUUGCCCAAGUCCCAAAAUCAAGAAAGUCUCUAAAGAUUUUGAAGAUAGCAAUUACUAUCUAAGUCCUAAAGUCCAAAAAGCAUCCAAAGAUCAUGAUGAGGAUGGUAAGAAUGUAUCCAUGGAUGAAAGUAUGGAAUUCAGAGAUGUUAAAUGGGACAAUGAAACCACUGAUGUUGUAGUUUGUGAAAGUAAAAAAUCAGACAAUAGUUUUUCAAAAAUGGACAACUCUCAGAGAAAAAGUAAGAGAAGUGAAAAAGUCAGGAAUAAUAGUGAUGAAAUAUCUGAGCACAAUGACAAACCAAAAUUAUCAGAGAUUCAAGUUAGUGAAAAUGAGGAUGUACCCAUAAUUCCAAAGCAAAGGAAAAAAAGGAAGACAACUGAUACAGAUACACAGUCUAAGAAAAGGAAACUAGAAAAUGGGGAUGCUGUAGAUUUAGCAGAAGGUGAUGAAGAUUGUACGUCCACACGACCAAAGGUCUCCUCUGUGUCCAGAAGUAAACCUCCAUCUUCUGUUGGGAAUUUUGUGAAGCUUAACAUGAAAGUGAAGACCUACAAAAGAAAAGGAAAAGGCAUGACAGGGCCACAGUACAAGAGGUUUCAGUGGAAGCAGAAGAUGAAAUCACGCAGUGCGAGUUAUGGCAACAACUGCUUCAAGUGUGGUAAACCUGGUCAUUGGGCGAACAAAUGUCCAAGUGAUAAUAAGGAGAGCUAUGGGGGAGAAGCAGACGUAGCCCCCAUUGCUGAAGAAGACUUCCCAAGUCUAAAGGAGGCAGCCAUGAUGGCUAAAGGCAUAAAGAUGAAUAAACCAGCUAAAAACAGGGAAAGCAGCCAAAAGGACAAAGGCAGGACAGCCAAGAUUACAGCGGAGGAGGCUGAUCUUGAUGAUAUCAAUUGGAAUGAGGACAUAGAUCCAAAUAAUGAGAUAGAUGAGGACUUGGAGAUACAGGCUGGAAUUGUGAGGAGUGCAAAAGAGGAUACAGGGGUCCCUUCUCCUCACACACCUGUACUGACAAAUGAGGAGUAUAGUGCCCAAGGUACUCCAGAUUUUGUCAUGAAGGGGCUGAAGAAAUUUGGCUUUGAAGCAUUCAGAGCAGGCCAAGAGCAUGCUGUUAAAAGAAUUCUAGCUGGUCUAUCAACUUUGGUAGUGUUGUCCACAGGAGGAGGUAAAUCCCUUUGUUAUCAGUUGCCAGCCUAUUUGUAUGCUCAGAGGUCAAAGGCUAUCACCUUGGUGAUAUCACCUCUUGUUUCACUGAUGGAAGAUCAGGUGACUGGCUUGCCACCUGGUGUAAAGGGAGCAUGCCUUCAUACCAACAUGACCACGGCUCAGAGGGAAAGUGUGCUCCAGAAUGUCAAAGAGGGCAGAGUUCACUUCCUGCUGGUGUCCCCUGAAGCGGUGGCAGGGGGUGGGAUGGCGUUGCUGAACAAUAGGUCCUCUCUGCCCCCCAUAGCUUUUGUGUGUAUUGACGAGGCCCACUGUCUGUCAGAGUGGUCACAUAACUUCAGACCUUCCUAUCUUCGACUCACUAAGGUGCUCAGAGAAAAGUUUGGAGUUCAGUGUUUUCUUGGACUGACAGCUACAUCUACGCUGUCCACUUCACAAGAUGUAGCAAAGCAUCUUGGGAUAUCUGACACUGAUAAUGCAAUUAUUCGAGGGUCACCAGUGCCUAAAAAUCUGCUCUUGUCUGUCUCCAGAGAUGAAAACAGGGAUGAAGCUUUGAUAGGACUUCUUCAGGGGGACAGGUUCUCGUCCUGUGAGUCGAUCAUUGUGUACUGCACUAGACGGCAGGAAACUGAUCGCUUAGCCACACUGAUCAGAACCUGUCUAAAAGAUUACAAAGCAGAGGACUGGGACCAGAAACCCAAGAAAGGAAAAGCUAAAACCUAUGCUUACUGGGACGCUGAGAGCUACCAUGCUGGUCUUACCCCAGCCCAGCGGAAACGAGUCCAGAAUGCCUUCAUGUCUGGAAGGCUGAGGGUGGUGGUAGCGACUGUGGCCUUUGGAAUGGGUCUGGAUAAACCCGAUGUGAGGGGGGUCAUCCAUUACAAUAUGCCAAAGAGCAUGGAAAGCUACGUACAGGAGAUUGGUCGAGCGGGGAGAGAUAGAAAGACAUCACACUGCCAUCUCUUCUUGGAUUCUGAAGGUCAAGACUUGGCUGAAUUAAAGAGGCAUACAUUUGCCAAUACGAUAGACUACAGGACAUUAAAGAAGUUUGUUCAGAAUGUAUUUGUACCAUGCCAUUGCAAACAAGUCCAUCAAAUGCAACAGGAUAACACUAAGAGUCCCCUUAAAUUGGCGGAGAGACAAGGCACAGAGAGGAUUUGUCAUGGACAUGAGAGAGCAGCGGUCAUCGAGAGCCUAGUUAUGGAUAUGGAUGUUAAAGAAGAAGGGAUAUCAACCUUGCUGUGCUACUUGGAGCUACACUCGUUAAGAUGGAUUGAGAAUUUGGUCAAUGUGUACGGAACUUGUAAAGUCCAGUGCUAUGGAGGACCAUCUCAACUUCAAGCUGUAUCUCAAAAGUGCCCACCUGUAGCUGUGGCCAUUGCAAAAGCAAAAAAAGAUGGCAAAACCUUUUCAUCAACCAAUCAAAUUGAGUUUCCUGUGGUUGAUAUCAGUGACUGUAUGGGCUGGGAUUCAGGCUUAGUCAAAAGAGAACUUAAAAGUCUCUCCUGGAAUGUAACAAGCCAUGGUCCUCAAAAAACCGGAGUUUUGGUGGAAUUUUCCAACCUAGCCUUCCACUUUAUUGCCCCUGGUGAUUUAACAGACGAAGAACUUGAUGAUGUUUUGCAAUUCCUUCAUGAGCGAAUUCAAAAACAUGAGAAGACGGAGAUACAGCUACUGAAGUAUUUGAAUGAGAGCUUAAAAAGUGUAUCACACAAGAACUUUUGGAUGUGUGCAGACACCUUAGAUGAAAAGAAAAAUGAUAAAUUGAAAAAAAUCAUUGAUGAUUACUUCGAAAAACAAGAGAUUCUGACUGAGUUCAAACAGAGAGAAGAAGGCCAAGAUGAAAAACAGCCUUCACCGCAAGAGGUUUCUCAAGCCAUUGCAGACAUUCGGCAGCUAAUAAGUCUCCAUGGCCAUGAACACAGAUUUAAUGGCAGGGCCAUAGCACGCAUUUUCCACGGCAUCAGCAGUCCAUGUUUCCCCGCUCAAACAUGGGGACGUGCUAGGAGGUUCUGGAGAAGCAAUAUGAACCUUGACUUCAACUUUCUUGUCAAACUUGCUGUGCAAGAAAUUAUCAAACUAAGGUGAAUGAAAGGUUCCCCAGAAAUUUGAUUUGUAUUUGACCUCCGUUUUUGCACGCAAAAUGUAAGACAUUUUCUGCUGUGGUUUUGAUUUCCUUGCUUAAUAAAAAUAAAUAUUUAAUAACAAUCCAUGAAUUUAACUUAA